UUUACCCAAGGUGCACGGCGACUUUGGUGACGUCACCGACUACGAUCAACGGCAUUAAAAAGCUGCAGCUGCUAAGGUCGGCCAGACUUUUGCACAGAAGAGAGAGAGAGAGCCAUUUCAACAAGUGAGCUAAGAUGGCUGGAGCUGUAACCGAAAACAUUGAAAACUGGAAAUCCAAGCUCGACAAAUCCUUGCAUGAGAAGAAUGCAGUGACGGAUUUGUUGGAGAAGAUUGAGCGGAAGACAGGGGUGCGGCGACUCUACAUUGCCCUGGCCAUUAUAGCGAUUUUGGCCAUCUAUCUCAUGGUAGGAUAUGGUGCACAGUUUCUUUGCAACUUUAUUGGCUUCCUGUACCCAGCAUACACAUCGAUCAAGGCCAUAGAGUCUCACCAGAAGGAUGAUGACACCAAAUGGCUGACAUAUUGGGUCACGUACGCUUUCUUCGCCCUAGUUGAACUUUUCACAGACAUUUUCCUCUUCUGGAUCCCGUUCUACUGGCUUUUGAAGUGCAUCUUCCUGAUCUGGUGCAUGGCCCCAGUUGCUUCUAACGGCUCUCAGAUUAUCUACACAAGAGUUAUUCGCCCCUUUGCCCUGAAGCACCAGGAUAAAGUGGAUAAGGCCCUUGAUCAAGUUGGGGAGGUUCUCAAUGAAGUUGCUGAUCACUUCAGAGGUAAAGUCAGGGAAGCUGGAGAUGCUGCAAAUGACAUGGCGCAAGAUGCUGCAAAUCAAGCCAUGAGGAAGCACUUUGCCGACUCUUCCAAGUCAGACUGAACAGGUCUCAGAUUUGCUGAUCAAGGGAGGCAACUAACAGUACCUGCAUGACAAAGUGACAGUUGAAAGAGUUGGUUGCGAAACCAUCAUCCCUCCGUUUUUAUUAUUCUAGCAGGAAAUGUAAUAACUGAGAGACUUGGCAUAGGGAUCUUGUUGGGAGAUAUUUUUUGUGUUGGUCAUAUCUACAACUGUGUGACUGUAUUAACAAGCAUGCUUUUGUACAUACAACAAUAAAAAAAAAAAAGUAAAUUAAAUAAAACCAAAAAAAUUUUUACCCUAACAGCUUUGUCAUGGUUAAUUUUGUGUGAUGGAAAAAUUGUAAAUUCAAUGAGUUGUAUUUUAUAUUAAGUCCUCCUUAUACUUAUAUUAAUGCUUAUGCACCCCAUUAACACACCACUAACAUGAUGGACUGAUUUUCACAUUUUCACUUUUAAUAUUGUUUUAAUUUGGAAUUUUUUUUUUAUAUAACUUUCAUAACGUCAACAAAGCAAUAGGUGUGCUGUAAUAAAUUGGACAGUUCGUUUGCCAGUGGGCCGCAACACACAUGUCAAAUUAGCAGGUGCAUAAGUCACUGUUCUAUUUUGUUUGCCAACAUUCCCUUUGACCUUUUAUUUUCUAUCACAUACUUAUUUUUGAAGUAGUCUGUUGUUUCUGGGAUUGAAGUUUAUAUUCAUUAAAAUAAGGCCGUUAAGUAUGUCUUGGACAAAGUGAGGCAAUUGAACAAAUUUUGCUUUCAAGUUAAAGAUAUUUAGAUAUUUAAGACCAUUUAAUAUUAACUUAAAAAAUUAAACUGCUGACUUUUCAUUGUAUUUCAAUUAGUGAAAAACAUAUUUAGACCCUAAAACCAAUAGAUGAGUGCAAUAUUGUAGGGAAAUUUGAAGAAGCUUCAUAUACAUGUAUGUAUUUAAUGAUUUACUUGGAAGUUCAAGUAUGAGAAAACCUCUCUUCCAAUAUAGGUAUUCUGUUUAGUUUGAAGUUGUCUGGUUGUGUGCAAGUUUGUUUAUAAAUGCCUGUUGUGUUUAUAAAAUGUGGUCAGGGGUUAGAACUGUAGCUGUCUCCUGAUUCUGAAAUCUGUGUAAUUCCUAGUCCCUUUUGGUAAAUUGACUGAUCUCGUCACUUAAUAACCAGGUACAUGUAUGUGGAUGUUGUUGUGGAUUGUGGCAUUGUACCAUGUAUGGUUCAUUAAUACCACUCACACCUUCAAAUAAAUGACAUGAAAUAUUAUAUAAUAUUCCUCCGUGAUGGCAGCGGUUUUAAUUAUUCUCAAAUAAUCAUUUUGUUUCUUGCUCAGUAUUUUUUCUUUGUUUUACUCGUUCGCACACACUAGCUUGUUGAUUUAGUUCUUAUCGGCUGUUGACCUGUUCUGAAUUGUUGACUGGGAGGUUUGUCAGUUGUGAAUCUGCAGUGUAUGAAAUUGAGCUGAAGGAAUUUAUACCCUUGGGGUAAAUUACUUGUACCUGUCUUGUCUCAUGAGAAUCGUCAGAAAUUCUGAAGUGCUGAUUAGUAUUAUAAUUGUAGAAUAACCUAAACCUUGCAGUAGUUAUACCAAGUAGAUUUGAGGUUUUAUUGGCUGAAGAUAAACUGUAUAGCUAGAUAUUGGGUACAUGUUUUUGUUUUUGUCUUUGCUAUCCCAUGGAGCAACACGUACAACAGCUUAUUACACUAGAUAAUGUAUUUCUAGUCAUGCCAAUCAUAAAAUUGUUAUCGAAAAAUUUAGUUCAUGUAUUUUGUUUAAUUUUUGUUUUCAUCGUUUAUAAUAAUGCCAGAACCAUAGGGAUUUAGACAGGCGCAAUAUUUUAAGUCUUGUUAAGCUUACACGUAUAUGUGUAAUUACGUACCCUGAUCUGUUUGAAAUUAACAACACUAUGUUAAGGACUUUUCAUGGCUUCUAGUUUCUGGUCUUCUGGGCUUCUGGUUUCUAGUUUCUGUUUGUGUUCUACAAAGUACAUGGUGUGUAUAUAUGUACAUGAAUGUGAAAUGUGAAUGUCCAAGGUGUGACCUGUGUGAGUAUGCAAUGCUCUCCCUUGUGGUAAUGGUGUACUGUAAGCAACUUUGUGUCUGUCUGGUGAAGUCAGUGGAGGUGCAUGGUGACAUCUGUAUGUAUACCUCGGUGUCAGUCUGUGACUUGUGAUGCGUCACUACAUACAGAAGAAAUGAAAAAGAUUGUUAAUGUUCGGGUAUUUUCCUUGUUAAGUUACAAACAAGCCUUGUUUCUUGUUGUGCGUUAAGCAUGAUGGCAUUGUUAGACUAUCACAUAGUACUUGCAUUAUUCGUUAAUUGUAAUCUGUUACCUUUAUCAACUCUGGAAGACAUAAUCUAGCUCAGUUUACCUAAAUUUAGCAGAGAAACUUUGUCGGAAUUCUAGACCAUGAAAUAACAUUUCACCAGUAUGCCCAGUAAACCUUUCCUAUCCGUAAAUUUUCUUUUAGUUGAUUAAAAAAAUGAUUACCCGUCCCUCACAAAAUAGCUUUACUUGUUGCAGUAUUUUAAAAGUCUAUCCACAAGUCACACAGUUUUUGUUACAGCACUGUCAGAAAUGUUCAACCCAUGUUCGAUUAAAACAAAAAGUAUAUAUUCUUGAAACUUUUGCUCAGAAGCAAGACCAGUUAAUUUCAUGGGUAAAGCAGAGAUGGCGGUAUAUUUUCUCUACUGCUCUUUCUAUAGAAGAGUUAUAUUGUCAACACCUCUCCAUCUUACCUCCUCAGUGUUGUUGGCCCAGUUUUUUGAAUAAUAAAAUUUUCUCUUGUGGAAAAGUAAAAUC